UCACUCUGGAUAGUGCUUUCCCUAGUUGGUGCUUCAACCUCAGCAUUUGACCGGCGCGAAGUUGAUCUUGUCAAUGGACUAGCUGCAACAGGGCGAAAAGAGCUAGCUACAUCGCUUCCGAGCCUGCCUUUUGUGAAGCCGACUCUCGCCAGGAACUAAACAAUACAUUUGAUUAGGCCUCUUAGAGUGGUUUUAAUUAAUUGGCCGGAAUCAUGAUAAUGGCUUUGACAACCGUCUAUAGCCUGUUAACGCUCUUAUCAGGAGUCCUCGCUUUGCGAACAACACCAGGCUCGCCCUGCACAAGUCUCUGUGGAACGACAACUAACACAACAUCAGCCGAGAUUGUGUGCCUCGAUGGCCAGUACAAUACAACAAAAACCGGACGAGAUUUCCAGAGUUGCGUGACAUGCCUCUUGCAAAGUGACUUUCAAAGCCAAGGGACUGGAGAAACGGAUGUAAACUGGGGACUGUACAACCUGCGAUAUGCGUUUUCGUCAUGUGUUUACAAUUUCCCGGAGCCAGUGACGAAUGUCUCAACACCUUGCUUGGUCUCAUGCACACCUCUAGGCACAGCGCUCAAAUUCCAAUUGACGAGUCCAGUCGGAAACUCGCUCACUACAUUCUGCGGCGACACCGCUUUUGCUGAUAACACCGUGUCGAUUUGCGAGGAUUGCUAUGCCUUGACGUCGCAGCAGGCUUUCCUCACCAACUUCUUGGAAUCAAACCGUUAUAACUGCCACUUUUUAACCUCUGCUGGCACCUCAUUCCCCAUUGCCGCAACACGCAUCUUCAACGAAACUGAAUUGCCGGAGACUACUACUGCAUAUACGUCCACGGCCGCUUCGAGCGGACAAUCCAUUUACCAACAAUACCAGACUGUUAUCAUUGUCAUGCCCAUUGUCGGCUUCCUCAUUAUUGCCGCUGUAACCACACUUUGCUGCUUCUGUCUUGUUAAAAAACGCCGCCAGGCUGCUAAGCGUCGCAGAUAUGGCUCGAACCAAAUACACGCUCGCUGGAAUGACACUACAGUUAACACUCCGUGGCAAAAUACAUGGGGCGACAAUUCUUCUUCACCACAUCAUCAAUCCAUGAUGAUGGCGAAUGCUUCACAAUACAUGAUGGGUGGCGCUCAGUAUGCUGCUGCUGUUCCUGGAAACGGGUUUCAGGUGGUCGACCACGAUGGACAGCACUACGAAGCGGGCUACUCGACACAUUAUGUUUCCCCCGUGGAUUCUGACACAUCAGCUUCUCAACAUGCUUUCCCAUAUAGCGAUCAAAUCAACGUCGCUGAACAUCAGCAACAACAAUUCUAUCAGCCAGCACAGCCCUAUCAAGACACACCAGAAGAAAGUAUACAAAAACAGAAACAGCCUCAACAUACUGAUCAAGAGGUUUAUUUCCCACCUCCGUCUGGUGCACCACAUGCCUCAUAAUUAUAUCUGACUGAUGUCUAAAAAUGUUGUAUCUCUUCUGUGGAAGCGACUGCCAGCAACAAAGCGCGAUUUCUUUCCCUAGCAUGGAAAGUAAAGGAAUACAUGGCCCAGCGAGCAGCGAGGUCAACGAUGUUAGCUCGUCUGUGGUAGUGGCUGCCUCGGUCGAGGAAACACCAGGCUCCUCCACCGACGACAGUCACUGCCACCGAUGGGCUGGGAUUGUUGAACUCUAGAUCUUCAGCUGGGUCACAAUCUCUAUUUCCAUCUUUGUUGCCGAACACUCGCUUUUAUGGUGAGAACACC